AUGGACAGGAUAUCUUUAAUACAGAUGGUGGAGAGCUCGUCCUGUCAUGUACAUGGCCAUGUAGAGUUCGAAGGCUUGGGAAUUUGCCCCUACACUCGUAAUAAGCUUACAGAUGACCAACAAUUUAUCCAUUUCUGGGAGAAGUUAUCAAGAAAAACUAAGUUGAUUGGAUUGUACAUAACAGAGAGGUCAGGGAAGGAAUUUGUGUGGGGUGUGGAGGAUGAUUAUGCUUAUGCUGGUUUCCUUACUAAGAUGUGGGAGCUGCUUGCUAGGAAACAGAUGAAUUUCACAGAUGCUUUGAGAUUCGUGUACAAUGAAGACAUGUAUCAGUCCAUGUUUCUAUGGGGAACUCAGUUCGAACCGAAUCUAUUUCCAAUGGAACGGCUUUCUCAAGAUGGUGAUGUUCAUCAGUUGGUCAUGGACACCAUUGUAGAAAACCUUUUCAUUUUCAGUUUUGGAAACCAAGGACGUACUAUGAGUAUGUGUGCUGAAGAAAUCGGUUUGAUCCCCAAGCAACCCCCACACAGGCUCUACGUCCCUGGCUGUUACCUCCGAUGA